AUGUCGAGGUCGUACGAUCGCGCGCUCACCGUUUUCUCCCCGGACGGGCAUUUGUUCCAGGUCGAAUAUGCUUUGGAAGCCGUCAAGAAGGGGACAUGUGCUGUCGGCGUUCGAGGCGCAGACGUGGUGGUGCUCGGCGUCGAGAAGAAAUCGAUCCUGCAACUCCAAGAUCCACGCACGGUCAGGAAGGUGGUCAUGCUUGACGAUCACAUAUGUUUCGCCUUUGCAGGUCUGACUGCCGAUGGGCGCGUUUUGAUCGACAAAGCCCGGGUGGAAUGCCAAAGCCACAGACUCACAGUCGAGGACCCCGUCACCGUCGAGUACAUCACAAGACAUAUCGCUGGAAUCCAACAACGAUACACUCAAUCGGGAGGUGUCCGACCGUUCGGAAUCUCCACCCUCAUCGUCGGAUUCGACCCGUACGACACCAAACCGCGCCUCUACCAGACAGAACCCAGUGGCAUCUACAGCGCCUGGAAGGCGAACGCUAUUGGCCGCUCAUCAAAGACCGUCCGCGAAUUCCUGGAGAAGAACCACAGAGACGACCUCACGCGCGAAGAGGCGAUCAAACUCACCGUAAAGAGUCUAUUAGAAGUCGUGCAAACGGGCGCAAAGAAUAUCGAAAUCAGCGUAAUGGAGAGCUACGGCAAAAUCACACAUCUCGACCUUACGCAGAUAGAGGCGAUCGUGGCCGAGAUAGAAAGGGAGAAGGAAGCAGAGGCGGAGAGGAAACGAUCACGAUUGGCCGCUACAGCUGCUGGCCAAGCAGCUAUGACGCAGCGCGCAGGAGAUGCUGGACCGUCGCAGUAA